UAAGUAAAGCGUAAUAACGAAAAAAUAAAAGCAAACAAAUAACACAGUAGACAAUUUUUACUUUCGUAAACAAAAAAUACAGAAAAAAGAAAAAAAACACAUACGAAAUAAUAAUAAUAAUAAUAAUAAAAUAAUAAUAUAACGCACAUAUCGAUUAAAACGUACAAUAAUAAUUCAUAUUUAUCGCAUAAAACAAAGAACUUAAUUAAAUAUAAACAACAACAGUCGCUCGCGUGAAUUGUCAGUAAUUUGCCAAUUUGUUAUUGUAACACUGACACGCUGACUGCAUAAUCAUCGCUCAACCGCAAAUUCAUCAAGAUAUAAUAACAACAAAAUGACACAUUGGGUGCACAUACUGUUGGCGUUGCUGAUGUAUGCAGGUUCCCUUGAGGGCGCCUCCAAACGCUUCUUCACUGAUUUUCUACAAGAUUUGCCAACACCUGGCACCGGCGGCCCAACAUUCGACACAUCUGUGCAGACGAAUAUUACGGGGCUGGUGGGCAAGACAGUCAAAUUGACUUGCCGUGUGAAGAAUUUGGGAAAUCGAACGGUCUCUUGGGUGCGCCAUCGUGACAUUCACCUGCUGACAGUCGGUCGUUACACCUACACGUCGGAUCAACGUUUCGAAGCGAUGCAUUCGCCGCACGCCGAGGAUUGGACGUUACGUAUACGCUACGCACAACGCAAAGAUUCGGGCAUCUAUGAGUGUCAGAUAUCAACAACACCACCGAUCGGACAUUCCGUCUAUUUGAAUAUAGUGGAACCCAUCACUGAAGUAAUCGGCGGUCCGGAGUUACAUAUAAAUCGAGGUUCCACAAUUAAUUUGACUUGCAUUGUAAAAUUUGCACCAGAACCACCGCCCACAGUCAUUUGGUCGCAUAAUCGAGAGGUCAUAAAUUUUGACUCACCACGCGGCGGUAUAUCAUUGGUAACUGAAAAAGGUGUAGUCACCACAAGUCGAUUACUGGUGCAGAAGGCCAUACAACAGGAUUCAGGACUCUACACCUGUACGCCGUCGAACGCAAAUCCGACAUCGGUGCGGGUGCACAUCGUUGAUGGUGAACAUCCCGCUGCUAUGCAUCAUGGACACGCCACACCACAAGUUCAACCACCAUCAGCCACAUUCCUACUGCUCUUGGCAUUCCUAACAGCGUUGCUAUUACAAGAGCGACCAAACCAAUCAACACAAAUACGAAAACAACUGCAAAAACAGCAACAACAGCACCAACAAGAACAACAAGUAGAAGAAAGACCAAUACAUCAGCAUAAACUACGCCAACGCAUCCGUUGGAAGUGGUGGCAAAGCAAUCAACUAUGGAAUGAAAAAUUUGUGGUCUGCCAGCGUAGAGAAGCAUUCACUAUGGAAUUGCCACAAAUGGUAAAAGGUGACGCGCAAACAGUGGCUGCGGCACAGACGUAUCGUUACGUAACAGUGCAAAUGCUUUUACUGCCCACACAAAAGACUCAAUGCACAAGACUUGUGGAGAGCGAUGAAAGGACAGCAGCAACAUAGCCAUCAAAUGGCAAUUGGAUUAUAAAUAGAGAGAGUAAAAUGAUGCUCGAAUUGAUGUAAAUUAAGUUCCCAUCCAAAUCCUAAUAGAUGAAAAAGAUGAUAGAAAUAAAAACAAAAAUAAAAAAAAAUAAAAAU